CAGUACAGGGAGUCAGUGUGGAACACAUCUGCAAGUGUGUAUUGAUCUCGUGAGUGGUUGAUGGUCUGUGGUAGUCUCCAUCUUUGAUUUUCGUCCGGUUAGGUGUUUAUCUUAACAAUCUCCUUUUUUUGAAAGAAAUACAUUAAUAAGCUCAAAAUGAGUCGUCGCGAUGGAAGUACCACAAAGGUAUUCGUGGGUAGCUUACCCACUAGUGUUACCACUGAUGACUUGAGAAAACUGUUUGCUCCCUAUGGAAAUAUAGUGGAAUGCGAUAUAGCGAACCGAUGUGGGUUUCUCCAUUUGGAAGACCAGGCAUUGGCACUAAAAGCGAUAGAAGAUCUGAACAAUAGUAGUUUCAUGGGUGGAACCAUAUCUGUCGAAAGAGGACGAGUAAAGCCACCUAGACGUACUAGGGAGAUGGGAAUGGGACCGGCCGUUGGUGCACCCAGAGGACGUGAACGUGGUGGACCGUAUGCUCGUACUGACGGAUAUGCACGAGGACCACCUCCAAGAAAUGGUAUGGCAGGUGGAUAUGGAGUAGGUAGAGAGUAUGAAGAUUACGAAAGAUAUGGUGAUUAUGAUCGAGCCGCUGUCAUGAGAAGUUAUGGUACGGAAUACGAAGGUGUGGGAGAUCGACGACCUAUGUACGAUGAUCGCAGAGCAUACCCCCCUCCGAAUGGUUAUGAGCGUAGGCCAUACGAUGACCGUGGUGGAUAUUUGGAUGACAGAAGUGGAUACGAAGACAGACGUUUGCCACCUUCCGCUAGUGCCUAUGAUUCCAGAAGGCCGAUGAUGGCUGACCGACGUCCCUUGCUUGACCAAGGAGGAGAUCGUACUUUAAUGAGUGGAUAUGAUCGUCCCUCAUCUGGUAAUGAGAUGUACAGUCGACGAGGAGAUCCUGGUCCCAAACCAGCGUCAUUAACAAUGCAACGUUCCAAGAUUCUUGAACUUUUAAAAAAACAUGUCUUCAGCGCACCAUCCCAGAGUGAUCCGUACGGAAGUGCAUCUCUUGGAUAUGGUAGUGGUGGAGCAUCAGCGGGUAGCUACUCAUCUGCAAAUGACGGCUACGGAGGCUCCAGCGGUGGCGGAUAUAACAGCAGUGCAGAUCAUUACGGAGCGGGAGGCGGUUAUGGGUCGGCUUACAGUGACAGUCGCAGUCCUGCCGGUGGUUAUGGCAGUGCUGGUGGUGGUUAUGGAGCCGGUGGAAGCUACAGCACUUCACUCGGUGGUGGGGGCUAUGGAGACGUGUACACUUCAAGUCGUGCUCCAUAUGAUCCGGCUUAUCCGAUUCCACCACAACGAGGUUUUGCAAGCAGUUCUGGCGGUCCUGGUCUACGUAGUGGCGGUGAUUUACCGCCAGUUGGUGGACGCAGAUUUUAAAUAUUGCGUUUUAGUUCGGUGCGCCCUCAAACCUACAUUAACGUUUGCGUUGCGCAAGGGUGGGAGGGUGGUCUACUAAACACACAAUAUCAACAACCACCAUUUUUCUAUAGUUAGUUCUCAAGUUAUAACUUUUUAUUAUUGACAUAAUUGAUGUACUGUAUGUAAUUUUUCCUUUUCGUGAAUUACGUUUUUUUCUAAAACAUUAUAAAGCUUAUCGUUAUUUUAGUAGAGUCGUGCCGGUAUUUUAUGUAAGCAAUUUUAUUUGCCGUCUUUCACGUACGGUGUGAAAUAUAUAAGAAAUAAACAAUGUGUGGUGUUGAUCGCCUGCCUACUUAACACAAUCCACAGCAUUCUGGAAAAGGAGACGGAUGCGCCCAAAUCCCACUUAACAAAGCUAUGAAAUUAUUUUACCUAAAUUUUAAUUGCAAAUAAUGAACGAUUACUUACUCUUCCUUAUUUGAAAUAAUACACAGACUCAAAUAUUAUAUACAUGAUGAUUGUCACAGGCUAGAAAAGACGGACGUAAAGCGCCUAAUUAAUUUCACCCGCUCUUCUUCGUAUUCCAUAAACAAUAUUUUUAAACUCGAGUUGUUAUUUUAAGCAUAAUAUUGUAUGUCCUGAACUAUAAA